AUGACCUGUGACAACCCCGGAUUAAGCUACAGUAUCCCAUCCGCCACCCUCCCCACCAGACCCACCAACCACCGCCCCCUCGUCCCUCUCCAGCGCUCGCAUCCCUGCCCCUCGCUCACAUCCCUUCGCCAUUCGUCUCUCCCCCGCGCAGCGCUCACCAGCCCCCAUCGCCCAUCGCUCCACCUCGCGCGCAGCGCUCGACCUCCCCUCGCUCCCUCGCUCAGCUCCACCUCGCUCCCCCAUCGCAUUUCCCCCUGCCCUCGUUCCCUCCCUUGGUUCCACCUUGCUAGGAGCCACCGUGGCCUCUCCUCGCCACCACUAGCACCCACCCUGGCCAGCCCCCCUUCCCUCGCCGGAUCUACAACCGACCGACCCUCCGCCGCCCCGGAGCCUCCGUCUCCGGCGCCACCAACCCCGUCGGAUCCACGCGCAACAUCACCUCGCCACCGCACCGCCGAACCUCCUCGCCCCUUCCCUGAACCGUCGUCAAUGCCCCCCACGUCGCCUUCCAUCACCGGAGCUCCCCCGUCGCCCACGUCUCCCCGUCGUCCGCCUCUGUCACCGGAACACCACCACUGCACCGGAUACGUUGUCCCCGCCUGCUCCUCAACGGCUCCACCGAGCCUCAUCGAACCAGCCACCCUACACCGUUGGUUUUGGUGAGCCCUCCAUUCGGGCUCCUUCCUCCCCUCCACCUUUCCUCCCCUCCGGGCCCGUUCAAGUGUCGCGCACCAUGGCCUCCGACGACCUCCAUCGCGCCCCCUUCGGGCCCUUUCUGUUAGUCCAGGAGUAACCUCCUAUGAGUUGUUAGAGAAAAAAAAGACAAAAAUGAAUAUGCAUGUAUAUAUGCAAAGUUUUAUGUAUGUAUGUAUUAAUGUGUAUACGUAUGUAUGUACAUGUGUGGAUGUAUGUAAAAAUGUGUAUAUGUGUGAGUUGGUGUACAAAUGUGUGCGUGUGAUGUGUGGAUGGCCGAUGGGCCACUUACACGUGGGGCCACCCCCUAAAAUGUUUCAAGGAAAAAGAAAGAGAAGAAGAAAGCAA